AUGAAGCUUACAUUUGCUGCCCUGCUAGUUCUACCAUUGGCACUAGCCGGAUCGCUCAAGUCCGUCAUCAUUACUUUCCCCAAGGGAACGCCUGACUCGGUGGUUAACCAAGCCAAAGUUUGUCUGGUGGCUUCAGGUGGCGUCAUCACGCAUGAAUACCAUUUGAUCAAUGGCUUCGCUGCUGAGGCUCCUGUGAGCGCUCUCCAAACCCUCUCCACGCAGGAUACUCAAUACAAACCGAAUAUCGAAGAAGAUAAGGUUGUCAGUGCAUAUGGAGACUAUUCUGGUGCAGUCUAA